UUGGAAAACAAAGUUCACACAUGCAAACCUUCUUUGGUUGAACAUUGGCUUUGUGUUUGAGAGUUGCAGAAGAAGCAUUUAUGUCAAACGCAGAGAAAGCUCGAACUUUAUUUGGAAUUUCUCUCUCUGACAGACCCAAAUGGCAACAAUUUUUCAUUUGCUCUUCUGGUUUCUUCUUUGGGUACCUUGUUAACGGCAUAUGUGAGGAAUAUGUGUAUAACAGGCUUCAUUUUAGCUAUGGUUGGUAUUUCACAUUUAUUCAAGGAUUUGUAUACUUGAUUCUGAUUUAUCUCUAUGGCUUCACAAGCAAGCAAAUGGUGAAUUCAUGGAAAACUUAUGUGAAGCUUUCUGCUGUGCUUAUGGGGUCCCAUGGCCUAACAAAGGGAUCUUUGGCUUUUCUGAACUACCCUGCACAAAUCAUGUUCAAAUCCACAAAGGUUCUUCCAGUGAUGUUGAUGGGUUCCUUCAUACCAGGUCUAAGAAGGAAAUAUCCGAUUCAUGAAUAUGUAUCUGCUGUUCUUCUAGUGAUUGGCUUGAUCUUGUUCACUCUAGCAGAUGCACAGACAUCACCCAAUUUUAGUGUCAUUGGUGUUCUCAUGAUAUCUGGUGCUUUGAUCAUGGACUCCUUCUUGGGAAAUCUGCAAGAAGCAAUCUUUACAGUGAACCCUCAGACCACACAGAUGGAGAUGCUUUUCUGCUCUACUCUGGUGGGUUUGCCUAUGUUAAUCCCUCCCAUGCUUUUUACAGGAGAGUUAUUCCAAGCAUGGACUUCAUGUUCACAGCAUCUGUAUGUGUAUGGAGUGUUGGUGUUUGAAGCAAUGGCAACAUUUAUUGGCCAAGUUUCUGUGUUGUCACUCAUUGCCCUUUUUGGAGCUGCCACUACAGCCAUGAUAACGACUGCAAGAAAGGCUGUGACAUUGCUACUGUCAUACCUCAUAUUUACCAAACCAAUGACAGAACAACAUGCAACUGGACUUCUACUGAUUGCUAUGGGGAUUUCAUUGAAGAUAUUUCUUGAUGAAAAAUCUAACAAAAAGACCUCAAAUUCUUCUCCCAUUGUCAAUAUUCCAAAACCUUCUGACCACAAAGAACUUACGCCACGGUUAGAUUAUGCAGGAGAAGAUGAAGAAAGAAGACCAUUUGUCUAGCACUUUCAGUGCAUAAAAAUAUGAUGUUAAGUAAAAAUGUUUUAUAUAUAUUUGAACACUCUUUACCAUAAUAAGCUAUUAGAAUUCAACAAGGU